AUGUUUGUCUUGUCUUUGAGCCUUUACUUGUUAUGGUCAGGAUUUCAUUUUCAUCUACGAGCAACAGAUCUGAAGCCGGAUAAUAUCAUGGUGCGAUUGGAAGAUCCCGAGCUCCUGUCGCGGUAUGCCCGAGAUGAGUUUGAAAACCCAUUACCUCAGAAGCAUUGCGAUGAUGGCCGCAUCAUCUACCUGUCCCGUAACACCUAUGGGCCGCUGAAGGACAUCCUCGGUCUGGUUGAAAUCACCGACUUUGACCUAGCAGUCCACGGGGACUCCCCACAGGAUGGCUGUAUCCUGGCCGAGGUAUAUCGUGCACCGGAGGUUAUUCUUGACCGGGGUUAUACGUAUAGCGCCGAUAUAUGGAGCCUAGGCGUUAUGCUAUGGGAUUUUCUAGAAGGACGAACGCUCUUUGAAGCAGUUGAUCCACGAGUCGUUGAAGAAUAUGACGACGAAACACAUCUUGCGUAUAUAACAUCGCUUUUAGGUCCUGCACCCAAGGACUUGGUUGGCCGCGGCAAGAGGACAUCGAUGUUCUACACGGCAGCGGGAACGCUCAAAAACCCAGACCUUGUCCCUAGUACUUUCAGCUUCGAAAGCACUCUCUCCAAGUUCAAUGGAGAAGAGAAGAAGAUGUUUAUCAACUUCGUCAGCCCGAUGAUCAAAUGGAACCCCGAAGAGCGAAGCACAGCGAAGGAGUUACUGCAGGAUCCGUGGCUUCACAACGACUAUACUCAAAUAUGA